AUGUAUAAAGUACUAGAGACCCAUACUUGAGUAAAAGUACAAGUGCUUUAUCAAAAAAGUGACUUGAGUAGAAGUUGAAGUGCUCUUUAAGCACCACACUUAAGUAGAAGUACUAAAGUAUUCAACAUUUUUUGUACUUAAGUAUUGCAAGUAGUCUAUUUUAAAAUUUACUACUCAAGUACUGAAAGUAAAAGUAGAAGUAUUGUGUUAUGUAGCUAUUAAAGAAAGUAGUCAAAAGUUUGAACAUAUUGUUUUUACUAUUUCAAAUUAUUAACCUAAAGGACAAUCACAAUUCCUUUGACUGUAACUUCUUGUAAACAAAAAACGGUUACUAGGGUUAGUUAGCCCAAUUUGCAAAAUGAUGUCAUUAAUAACUUACCCUCAUGUUGUUUCAAACCCGUAAGACAUCAGAGGGUCAUUUAGAAUUUUUUGAAGCAUCGAAAAUACAUUUUGGUCCAAAAAUAGCAAAAACUACAACUUUAUUCAGCAUUGUCUUCUCGUCCGUGUCUGAUGUAAGACAGUUAAAAACAAAGCAGUUUGUGAUAUCUGGUUCGCGAACGAAUCAUUCGAUGUAACCGGAUCUUUUUGAAACAGUCCACCAAAUCGAACUGAAUCGUUUUAAACAGUUCGCGUCUCCAAUACGCAUUAAUCCACAGAUGAAUUAAGCUGUUAACGCAGAAGAUGAGCAAGAGCUGAUUAAUCUGGUUCCAGAGCUGUCUGUUUUGCUCCGUUCCUCUCUCCCAUGCUACUGAGUGCACUUUAAUCAGGGAUCUGCUUUGAGUUUUGAAGCUCUUAAGACGAGUGUGCGCUUAGGGGGCAUGCAGUACUUGGAUUAAAUGUGUUUAUUUUGCUAAUUUCGUUUUUUGCCCUGCAAUUCCCCAAAUUUACUGUGGACUAUUAAAUUGAAUACAGAGAUUUGACACCAGCUCUUUGGUUUUUGGAUUUGCACUUGGGUGGAGAUUCUGGAUGGAGUUCUUGAAGAAGUUCCAAAAGGCUAAAAAUGUAACUCUCCACGGACUACCGUCGUCUUCUCAGCCCUGUCCCGUAAAAAUUGAGAGCAAAGACGAUGAUAUGCUUCGAGCCAGUGAUUUGUUGAAUCCAUGUUUCUUCCGCUGUCUUUCGUUUGGAUAGACAUCCUCGAGAUCUUUGCCUAACUAGACGGUGAGGAUCAAAUGUAGCAGGAUGUUCCAUGUUUGCAUGAAAAAGGCUAAGCCCUCACAACCCAUUUUUCAUAAAAAUGGUGGCUGUUCUUUGUCAGUAUUUGGAUUCAGCUGGUUAAUAGCAAACAUGGAUUGACUGUGACCUGCUGCGACUUGCAUGUUGAAAGGAAUUGUUCAUUUCAGAAGGAUGGGUCUAUGUCAAGGGACUUGUGGGGUAUGCAGGGAGGGGUAAGGAGCUUGAGUUACUCUGCCCCUUUUUUUCCUUCUUUUGCGAGAGGAAUAAAGUCUCAACUUUUCUCUUUUUGUAUGAGAAGAAUAACUUAAAUGACUCUGUAUAUAUGAAUAUAUAACGAUACAUAAAUAUUAAAAACCUGUAAAAAUCAUCUUCAGCCCUUACUCUUUCAAAGGGUGUUUAAAUUUAAUUGGUAUUUGAUGCAGAGGUUUAUAUUGUAUAAGACAAAAUACUUUUAAAUGAAUGGAAACAUUGGAUAUAUUUUUUCUUCCCUUUUUUUUGGAUUACAACCCUAGUUGUCACUGAAAUUAAAAGCAUUAAUUUCAGUUCAUGUUAAUUUUCUCAUUCUCACUUGUUAGCUCAAAAUGUCCUGUCACUGAUGUGUAAAUUUUGUCUUACUUUUUGUUUUGAUCCAAGUUAUCCCACGCUGCCUAAUAAUGUGUUCUUUCAGUUCAGACAUGUACGAAUUGUGCAGUAAAAAAAAGAGAAAAAAUCUGUCCGUUUGUUUCUGACCGAGUGCCUUAUUUCAAGUGCCUUCAUUUACUUUAAAGACAGGAGGAAUUUAUUAUGUUCUGUGUAGUCAACUUAAGUCCAUCACAUGGUAUGUAAUCAUAAUUAGUGCUAAUUCAAUUAUUUGUAUGGAUGGAAAUACAGAUCAUUUUAUUCUCUUUCACUAUUUGUGCAUCUUAUGCUUAGACAGGAAAUAAAUGGCAUAAUUUAUUUCUGUAAUAUAUUUUAUUUCCACAAACGACCCAAAAUCGCCUAAUAGAACCAUGACAUUUAAUUAAUUAGCAUAAAACCCUUAGCUUAGAGUAUGAUAUAAAUCUAAAAUAGACUUUACGAUAAGUUCACAUUUUAAUUUUAACAUUAGUUAAUGCAUUAGCUACACAAUCGCAUUAAAAAGUAUCAUUAAUAUACUAAUAAAUGCCUGUAGAAGUGUUAAUUGUUCAUGUUGACUAAUAUAGUGGACUACCUUGAUGUAAAGUGUAAAAUUAUUACAGUGGAGAUGUUUUUUGGGUAUUAGGCUUAUAAUAGUCAAUGUUUAUUUAUUAAAUUUAUUUGGACUGAAGCUCCUCUUAUCUUAAAAAUUAAAUUAAACUACAGAAACAAAAUUUAUUGUUUUCUUUGAACAGCGGUUGUUCAAAAACGUAUGUUUGUGGAGCAGUAUUUAUUUUGUUAACAAAAUAAAAAAUGAUUUUUUUUUUUUUUUUUGAGAACCACUGCAAAUAUCGCUAUGUCUGUGAUAUUUUACAUGUAGAUAAAUCGUAUGAACUUGUAAUUUGCAUAAAUAAUAUUUUUAAAUCCUCCUGGCCGGUUUGGUUUUCAGGCAAAUUCAUGGUGUGUUGGUUAUGACCGUAAAUUCGAGCAGAAAAAAGUCUCCUCGCAGUCCAGUCACGUUUCUGUCAUAUCAUGUUGAAGUCAUAUGCUUUUCAUAAUAGUUUCGAUGCAGCUUCACGGAUAUGUAUGUCCCAGUGGUUGACUUAAUAAAUAAUUUUAGAGACUUUAAUAUCUCUAAUACCACAGUGACCAAAAAGUAACAUUAAACGUUCAAAGGAAACACCUGUUAUAAUAUGUUUAGGUAUUAGACAGAAAACUCUUUAAAAAAAAAAAAAAAAGGUUCAUAACAACACAAAAUCCUAACGUCUGUCGGGCGUGCGACGCAACUCGAAAGUUCAUGUUUCUAUCAAAAUACAAGUAUACACACGUUAAAAUCACUCGUUAAAACAGUAAACUUAAUUUAGUAUUUUGAUGGGUUUUUUAACACUAGGCAGGUCAGCGUUACGUGGUUUACAUGAGAAGGGAUUAUAACAAAAAUAAAACCGAUGACUUUUGAUUUGAAAAAGUGUGGCCUGCUUUUAUGUCGUAGCAGAUUUACUUUUCGCGGCGAAUUCACAGUUGUUGCCUUUUUGCAGCCAGUGAAAGAUUACUGAUCCUUUCUAAUUAACGCAUAUUAAAUAUUCGGGGGGAUUGUUUUUGGUCUCAGUUUGAAGACAAUUGGCGGAGCUGCAUGUUACCACCACAGGAAGCUGUAUGAAGUGCCACUCACUGGUUGAGUGCUGAGAUUGUCGUUUUGCCUGAGAACAAUCUACACUUCGGCCUGCUCACAUUGACAAACAGAUAACACCCCAACACUGAUGCCAUGGAUCGUCCUCCCAGCGCUAGUCAGCUGUUUGCCAGCAACAUCACAAAUAAGACAGACCUACGGUCACUAAACUCAAGGGUCUUCAUCGGGAACCUGAACACUAUGCUGGUUACCAAGGCUGAUGUUGAAGCCAUUUUUAGCAAAUACGGCAAGAUUGUUGGCUGCUCUGUGCACAAGGGUUAUGCCUUCGUCCAGUACGUCAACGAGAGGAAUGCACGGGCGGCUGUAGCAGGAGAAGACGGCCGGAUGAUUGCUGGACAGGUGCUCGAUAUUAACUUGGCAGGAGAGCCCAAACCUCACAGGUCAAAAACAACAAAGAGAUCAGCUGGAGAUAUGUACAGCAGUAGUUCUUCUUUCGAGCUUGAUUAUGAUUUCCAGAGAGAUUAUUAUGACAGAAUGUAUUCCUACCCUUCCCGUGUGCCCCCUCCACCACCACCUCCUCUCUCACUGGCUGUGAUCCCUACCAAACGUCCUCGGGUCAGUGUGAGUGGGGGAACCAGCCGCCGCACCAAGUCCAGCUUCUCCACUUCAUCCAAGAGCAGCGGGCGGACAUCUUCACAAACCCUGAAAGCAGAUGACCUCCAAAUUAUUAAGAGAGAGCUUUCUCAAAUCAAACACAAAGUUGACUAUCUUCUGGAGAGUCUGGACAGGAUGGAGAAAGACCACAUUAGGAAAUCUGAGGGAAAGAGUGUGAAGACAGAAGUGGGUGAGGCUUCCUCCCUUCAGCAUUCCAGCAAGAAAGACAGAGAGAGGGAAGAGCAAGAGAUAAAUGAUUCUGAGGAGGAGAGAGAUUUGUUGGAGGAGGAAGAGGUUAAAAGCCAGGGAGGAGAGAAUGAAGAAGAGGGUGAGCAUGAAGAAGGGGAAGACGAUGGUGACAGCAUUAACGGCGACGACUCGUAGGUUGUUUUAAACACCAGAAAUAUGAUACACAUGCUCAAAAUUCAGCCCCUUCAGUUCAGGUUGAGGCCAGACUUUAAAAGAUUGUCUAUUAUGAUGUAGAUGCCUACAAUCUUAUAAUAACUGACACUACAGUUACAUCACUUUAACUGAUGGCAGUUUAUUUUUAAUGUUAGCAUGACAUCUUUUCAGGUUUUUGAAAUGUCCCUUAACCAUGAUGAAGACAAAAGGUCUGUUUUCAAACAACUGACAUUAUUACAUUCGCCAGUUAUUCUUAAUCAAUCUGACUUGAACCUGAGAGGUUUUUAUAUUUCACUAGCAGAAAAUGUCCAUUAUGUUUUCUCAGAGUGAAACUGGCCUGAUGCCUGUGUGCCCCUAGUGUCUUAUGGGAUAUCAUUUUUUUCUGUGAACGAUAAAAUUUGUAUUUUAUAAGGGGGAAACUUGAGUGGCUUCUUUAUUAGAGCCGAGAAGCUUCCAGGAAACAUCUCUGUUUUUAUUUACUGCUCUUUUUUUAUUACCCGUUUUCGGAAUCAUUCUACAGGAAAAUUUCAAUAAAAUAUUAAAUAAAAAUUGUUUAGUUUUUUUAAGUUUUGCAAACAUAACAGUCAUGAAGGCUUGGAAACACUGGCAAAUCAUGCAUGUCAGUGAUUUAUUUAUUUUUUUAUAUUAGCAGCGAGGACAGAUUGUUUUUAGUUUCGUUUUUUUUAAUUUAGUUUUUCAAUUCACAUCACCAAUAACAUGAAUUUGAUAUUAGCUAUGAUUACUAUUUUACCAUCUCACUGCUCACUAUGAGCUUUAAAUGUCUGAUUUUCACUUAUUUUAACUUUCUUCUGCUUUGCUGGUGUCUGAUCACAUGGGGUAAAAAUGAAAGUGAAACAUAAUUCAGUCAUAUUUGGUUUAAUUCAAUGUUCAGCAUUUGAUGCUAGAAAUAUGGAAUGUACUACUACUUUUUUUUUUUUUAUUUAAACAUUGUAACUAAAAAGCAAUGAUCUCCCUUUAUCUAUGCCUAUUAUUUACAACUCUUUACUAAAAUGUAGUUUACUUACACAGGAACAAUUAAGUUCAAAUAAAAUAAUUAUUUCAUAUUGCACACUGGAUGUGAUACAACCUUUAGACAAUCACAGGGGGAAAAUCAGAAAACCACCAAAACUGGUGUAACUUGCUGGAUCAUCAUAAACCCAGGUGUUAGCCCAAAGUUGUGUAGAAAUCUGAUCACCGAUCUCCAGUGUGAGAACAACACCAUUGCUGCCAUUACCAUUGGAGGUAGGCUUCCAAGCAAACACUGAGCACUGGGUUUUUCCAUUCUUCAAGAGACUGACUGCCAUUGUUGUUCCACCAUGACCAUGACCGUAAAAUUUGAAGUAAUAGGCUCCUUUCACUGGUGCUGUGAAAACACCUGCAAUGCACAUGUACAAAGCAGCCACAGUAAAUAUCAUAUGUGAAGAGGAUUCUGCAUUUGACAUGAUAUUCUCUUUACAGAACUUACCGGUAUUUGAGUCAUAGGCACCUCCAAUAUUGCUAAAUACUUUUUUGUAGACCAGAGUUAUCACAGAAUUAAAGGGCCCAGUGUGUCCAGUUUCAGAUUCCAAAAGUCCAGCAGAAAAGGCAACCUUUUUGGCUAAACAUUUGAAUAAACAAAUGGACUGGUGUGAAAUGUAUAAAAAAAUAAAAAUAAAUGUCAUUUAAAACAUUAAAAUGUACAACAAAGUGUGAAUUAUACUUGCCUUCAUUUUCUUUUUGGAGAAAUUCCAGCUUUUGUGAAUGUUCUUUCAGGGUUUUCAAAACUGUUCGGAAUGUACAUUGAUGUGAUAAUGUUACAAUGUUACGAAACAAAGAAUUGAAAACAAUUUAACUUGUAAUUUCUUUAAAUUAGUUCCUUUAAAUUAAUGAUGUGUUAAAUUUUUAAAAUAAAAAUUACAACAACUUUUCCACUUUA